AUGUCAUGUGAUAAAUUUCGCGCCAAAUUUGAAAGUUUUUUCGAAUUCUCGAUGAUGGCCGACCUCCAAAUAUUGAUGGCCGAUCGGGUGGCCAGAGGGCUUUGUCGAGAGCGUGUUUUUCGCGACAGGCAAAACCCUCUAGAUAGAUUUAAUGAGGAUGAGAUGUACGAGAGGUAUAGAUUUUCCAGAAGAGGUGUUAUGCAACUGUUAGAUAUCUUGGCUCCGCGAUUGGAUCGGGAGACAUCCAGAAGCCAUGCCAUUGAUGGACGGAUGCAAGUGUUUACGGCGCUGCGUUUCUACGCCAGUGGCACCGUGCACCACAACCAUGGUGACCAUCACGGCAUCAGCAAGGCCAGCGCAAGCAGGAUUGUCCGCCGCGUUAACCGUGUUCUGGGACGGAUGAAAGAUGAAGUCAUCAAAUUCCCAACAACCCCUGCUGAAGUUGCAGCCAGUCAAGCCGACUUCUACGCUGUAAGCGGUAUGCCCCGAGUUGUGAGUGCCGUGGAUUGCACUCACGUUUUGUUGAGGGGUGCAAGAUACGGAGACGACGCAUACGUGUAUGUAAAUAGAAAACGGCAGAAAUCCAUCAAUGUACAACUGAUGUGUACCACAAAGUACAAGAUCACCAAUGUGGUUGCAAGGUGGCCUGGAUCGACCCAUGAUAGUCGGAUCCUCACACACAGCAACAUUGCUGCAGAGUUUGAGACUGGCAGAAAGGAAGGCGUCCUCGUUGGUGACAGUGGAUACCCCCUCAAGCCUUGGCUGAUAACACCAAUCCCAAAUCCACAAACACCUGCAGAAUAUGCCUAUAACAGAGCUCAUCCAAAAACGCGGGUCUUCAUAGAACAGGUGAACGGGCAACUUAAGGCAAAGUUUCCGUGUCUUGCUGUUGGGCUUCGCGUGGAACCGAAACACGCAUGUCGUACCAUCGUUGCCUGCGCAGUUCUGUUCAACAUGGCCAAAGAGAUGGGAGAACCACAUGACUACUUUGUUCAGCCUCCUCCAGAUCCAGCAGAUAUCAAUGACUACCAAGGUCAACCUGGUGCAGUCGCCAUUGCAGUUCGAGACCAAAUUGUACAAGAAUUUUUCUGAAUGUUUAUUUUGGUUCCAAUUUUUUGAACUCUAGAACUUAGGAACGGAGUAAGGUAUUGUGAUGAAACUUGGUAUUUGUAUGUAUGAUUGUGUAAGUUUCAGGCGGAGGCAUGUUUCUCAACUGCACGGUAAAAUUGACUGAUAUCUGAAUUAUCUCAUCAAAUCAAAUAUCACUAUUUAUUUAACAGUUUUUUCUACAACAGGAUAUAUUCAGGCUGGUACACACAAGUUGUACGUAAUGUGACAGCAAAUUUGAAUUUGUUACAUGCCAGUUAUUUAACUUCAUUACACUCAAAACUAGCAAAGAAAAGACAGCUUUUGCUGUGGAUUGUCUGUAAAGCAGCAGUAGUAUUUAUUAUUCUGAUAAAAAUAACAUUCCAUUUCUACCAUAGUAGACCAUAACCGUAGCAGAUAAUAUUCUUCUUGAUUGAUAAGAGUAAAAACUUGAUAAUAUCAAACAACCUAAAUUACAUAAUAUAGGAGUUGUAUGAUGCCUCACAAAUGUUAGCUAAACAUGUGGAUAUAUUAAAAUGCUCUCACCUGUCUACCCAUUGAAUGUCAAAGGUUUCCUGUUAUUAACUAGUCUUUCGGUGUCAUCACAAAAUAUCUUUAAAAAUUUACAGAAGGGUGAACACUAAUAAAUUAUGUUAAAUGGUGUGGCUCAGUUGAUUUACAGAAAUACUGUAUUGUUCGUAAUAGACGCACCCCCCUCCCCCUUAUUCUUCACUUGAAAGAACAAAUGAAAGAUAGUUUCCUUGAAUAAAAUGGGUCUGCAGUUAAGUUUCCUGUUCACAAAAUAAUACAGUUACUAAUUUAUAAAUGAUGUCCGUGUUUUGAUCAGCACGUGACCUAACGAAAUUG